AUGACCUCAACGAGUAAAGGAACUUUUCAGCCCGAUUCCGACGUUCACAUCACUUAUGAAGAUCAGCAAAAGAUCAAUAGAUUCGCUAGAUUGAAUGCGAAACUCGAAGAUUAUAAAGAUGAAAUUAAACUGAAAGAAAAUGACUUGAAAAGUAUUGAAGACGCGUGUGACGAAAUUGCUUUAUUUGAUGAAGAAGAACAAAUUCCUUAUUUGGUAGGAGAGGUUUUUAUUUACCAAAAUGUAGAAAAAACACAAAAAUGUUUGGACGAUACUAAAACGAAGAUUCAUGAAGAGAUAACCGAUCUGAAACAAAAAUCAUGUGAAGUUAAAGAAACUAUGAGCGACCUGAAAUCUCAUCUUUAUGGAAAAUUUGGAAGUCAUAUUAAUUUAGAAGCUGAUGAAGAAUAG